AUGAUCGCAAACGGGCCGCAAUACAGCCUCCUGGGCCGACCCGGCCUGGGAGACCGGUUCGGGCUGCACACAAUAUUAGCCUUCUUCUCCAACAGGGUACUGCGCGGUGGACCAAAGAUCCUGCUCAACCUGGCCACAUGCCUGGUCGCUCUCAUUAUCAUCACAAAAUUAUUACCAAGUCGGAUGACUGACAUUGCAUUCGGCCCAACAUAUGGGAGUAUAUGGCACGAUGACUCUAAGACCGGAAAGGGGCCAAGCGAGAAACAAGAUGUUGGUGGUGGUCUAAGAAUUGUGGUGUUUGGCGAGAGCGACAUUGCAACUCCAAGCUUGACAGGCAGUGAAAUGGACGGCGAGUUGCUAACUUGGACAGAGUCCCUGUGUGCAGAGUUGGGUUGCUCAAAGCAUCUAUCAUUUGUUCCCCGCGCCGAUCCACUAGAGUCCCCGAUGACAUCCAACUCGUUCUACGCGGCUGCAGUCGAGCGAGUACUCAACGAGACUGCCGAUAGCACAAUGCCAGCGCUCGACUAUACAUUCGUGCCGGAUCUGUUUCCUAUCAAAUGGGACAUCCCCGAUUUGGCAAUGCAAGUCUCAAACUUUCUGAGUAUGGAGAAACCAGAAAAACCACCCACGGAGACAAUAUGGGUGUUCUCUUUUGGGCCUUGGGAUAUAUGGUCCCUUGCGACCUUACCGAUUUCUGUAGGCAAGUCAAUCACGGACACGAUCACCACCGACAUAUUCACCCAUGUCGAGAGACUCUAUACGGCAUCAAGAGAUGAAAACUCGAUUGCAUACUCCAAUUACUUUGACGAGACUGUAGUGGCAGCCUUAGCCAAUGGAACAUCUGUAAACAACACAGAUGCUACCAUCCAAAACAGGGCGGAGUAUCCUAAUGUCAGACCUACUGUCGAGCCGUUCCGAAUCAUUAUUCCCAAGGUCUUCGAUCCUUCUGCCCUUCCCGGCUGGUGGGACUCGCGUCCGCCUAUUGCUUCGAUCCACUCAAAGGCAGAGCAGAUGAAACAUGCUGCUGAGCUGACCGAGUACUGGAACAACAAUCUUCAUAAUGGCUUGGCACAGUGGAUUUUAACGGCAACACAGAAUAUGGAGAAGGAGAAGGCGGAGGGUGAGAAAACCAAUGGAAAUUCACAGAAGUCUGGCUCCGAGAAGGAGCCUAUCGAAGAGAAACGGCGGCGAGCAGCGACAAUAUCAGCCCCGAAAAGCGAAGCGUCAGCAGCUGCACUGGCGAAGUCUCGGGAUGCGCUCCGAGAUGGCAUUGCGUACGACAUGCCCGACUAUGUCCUUGCUGUUAUGGCAGACAGACAGAUGCGCAAUUCCGACCUCAAAGACUCGAACGGCAUGGGGGAGUCACCAGUCGAGGACAGCUUCCUCGAGGUGUGGACGCCCUGCAUUCAGCCAGCGCAUCCCGUACCCAUCCACAGAGUAAAUCCUUCAGACAUCACUAUUAAUGUCAAGCACGACAAGCCGAAAAUGGACAAGCCUAAAUCAAAGGACGAGUCAAAGAAGGAAGAAGUUGACAAGAAGCCUAAGGAGAAGUCUGAUGACAAGAACAAAAGCAAGGGGUCAGAUAAAAAAGAGGAUUUACCUGGUGAGAAGAAGGAUGAAGGCAGACAGGAAGCAUCAUCUGGCCACAAGCAACGCAGAGACUCAGUGCCGAUAGGAGGCGACGAAGUCGAGACAACAGAGAACAAAGAACUGCAGAGCCAAUCUGCCGUAGGACGAGUCUGUCCCGAGCCGAACGACCAUCUCUUCUACACAUCCUUUGCGCUGUCGCAACGCGCCAUCCAAUAUAUUGCCAAGGAGGUCGCGGAUAUGGUCCGGUACAACGAGACGGUCAGGAGACAGUGGUCUCGGGAAGAUGCUCGGGCUAAUAAUGACGGAAACGAGCAUCACUAA